UGCGGGCACCGGACGCUAGCUGCUCCGCCCGAUCCCCGCCAACUGUGCAGGCUGCUGACCCGCAGCGGCAGCUGCAGCAGCGAGGACCCGAGCGCGGGCGGCAGCAACAGCCGCGGCGACAGCGACACCAUGGAUCUCUCCUUUAUGGCCGCGCAGAACAAAGACAAAUCCCGGAUUUCUCCAUCCGUCUGGGGCCCUAGAGAAGACCCAGAGCUGGCUCCAGGGAAGGGCUGCAUUUGGCUUGGGAGACUGCCCAUGAUGGGAGGAGCUUUCAUGGACUCGCCCAACGAGGACUUCAGCACCGAGUACUCCCUGUUUAACUCCUCUGCCAAUGUCCACGCAGCUGCCAACGGCCAGGGCCAGCCAGAAGAUCCUCCUCGGUCCUCCAACGACGCGGUCUUGCUAUGGAUUGCCAUCAUAGCCACGCUGGGGAACAUCGUGGUGGUGGGUGUGGUGUACGCCUUCACCUUCUGAGGACGGCGCACCCUCCACCACCAUGGGGUGAGGCUUGGCACGUAGCUCUGACUUGCUGUUGGCCUUUGGCUGCUCUCAUGUUCUAGAACCAGGAGUUUUGACCAGAGGCAGCAGCCAUCCUUCUGGAAUUUCCCCCCAGCAGCCCUGAUUUCAAAUAUCCCACGUUGUGGUCAAGCUGAGUCAGAAGACAUGGAAGUAUGGGCCUCCCACCCCUAGAGGCGUGAUGGGGCAAGGCCUUCGGAGGGCAGAUUGGGGAUCCUUGAAACUACAUUCCAGGAACAGGAGACUAGAUGGAACAGCUAGUUAGGUUUAAAACAUAGGCACGGUUUGAUGGUCGCUUGCUGGUGGUAAAUAAUCACUCGUG